GCUGAGGCGGGAGGGAAAGUGCUGGUUUGGAGACUGAGCCAGUGCAGCACCAACAGAAAAGGAGACCCAGAUGGGUUCUUGGGAGGCUUUCCUCUUCUCCCCCUUUCUUCUGUGGAGUCAAAGCAGAGGGGUGAGGUUGAUGCUCCUGUUACUGAUCCUACAGUUAGGAAACUGUGCUGAUAAAGUAGAUGAUGAAGAUGAUGAAGAUUUAACAGUGAACAAAACAUGGGUAUUGGCACCAAAAAUUCAUGAAGGAGAUAUUACACAAAUUCUCAACUCAUUGCUUCAAGGUUAUGACAAUAAACUUCGUCCAGAUAUAGGAGUGCGGCCUACAGUAAUAGAAACUGAUGUUUACGUAAACAGCAUCGGACCAGUCGAUCCCAUAAACAUGGAAUACACAAUAGAUAUAAUUUUUGCCCAAACUUGGUUUGACAGUCGACUGAAAUUCAAUAGUACUAUGAAAGUGCUUAUGCUUAAUAGUAAUAUGGUUGGAAAAAUUUGGAUUCCUGAUACUUUCUUCAGAAACUCAAGAAAAUCUGAUGCACACUGGAUAACAACUCCUAAUCGUCUGCUGAGAAUUUGGAAUGAUGGGCGAGUUCUUUAUACUCUAAGACUGACAAUUAAUGCAGAAUGUUACCUUCAACUUCAUAACUUUCCCAUGGAUGAACAUUCCUGCCCACUGGAAUUUUCAAGCUAUGGAUACCCUAAAAAUGAAAUUGAAUAUAAAUGGAAAAAGCCUUCUGUAGAAGUGGCAGAUCCUAAAUACUGGAGAUUGUAUCAAUUUGCAUUUGUAGGUUUAAGAAACUCGACUGAAAUCGCUCACACAAUCUCAGGGGAUUAUGUUAUCAUGACAAUUUUUUUUGACCUGAGCAGACGAAUGGGCUACUUCACUAUUCAGACCUACAUUCCAUGUAUUCUCACAGUGGUUCUUUCCUGGGUGUCUUUUUGGAUCAAUAAAGAUGCAGUACCUGCAAGAACAUCACUAGGUAUCACUACAGUUUUGACCAUGACAACGCUAAGUACAAUUGCCAGGAAGUCUUUACCGAAGGUUUCUUAUGUGACUGCGAUGGAUCUCUUUGUUUCUGUUUGUUUCAUUUUUGUUUUUGCGGCCCUAAUGGAAUAUGGAACCCUGCAUUAUUUUACUAGCAACAAAAAAGGAAAGACAACUAAAGACAGGAAGAUAAAAAACAAGACCUCGGUGUCUCCUGGUGUCCAUGCUGGAGCCACUCUGAUUCCGAUGAGCAGCAUUUCCCUGCCGCAAGGGGAGGACGAUUACGGCUAUCAGUGCCUGGAGGGCAAAGACUGCGCCAGCUUCUUCUGCUGCGUUGAAGACUGCAAAGCAGGGUCCUGGAGGGAAGGCAGGGUACACAUCCGCAUUGCUAGAAUUGACUCCUACUCACGGAUAUUCUUCCCAACAGCGUUUGCCCUGUUCAAUCUGGUUUAUUGGGUUGGCUACCUUUACUUAUAAAUCUCCAGUUUAAUCAGCUGUACUUCAGUAACAUGAAGUUAAAACUCAAAAUGCAGAGAAAUCAAUGGUUAAAAUACAAACAAUAUUGUCAUUUUUAAGCUUCCAUAGGUAAAUGAAAUAUCAGCUUUUAAAUUCAUUUACCUCAGGGGCUGAGGAUUUAGCUCAGCGGCACAACGUCUGCCUGGCAAGUGCAAGGUCUUGAGUUCGAUUCCUGGUACAGGAUUAACCCCCCCCCCAAAAAAUAGUAUUAGAUUCAUUUACCUAAAUUUAUGUGAAACUGAUGAAUUGUUAAAUCCAGUAUAUUUAAGUGCUAUUAUAUGCUUCAAUUUUAUUUGCUUAUUAGGAUUUGGGAUUUAUAAAUUCUGUGAUACAUAUUUUAAACGUGAAGUAACUUAGUACAUAUUUUAUUUAAAUAUACUUAAAUAUAAUGUAAUCAGAGACUAAUGCCUAAGAUUUAUCUAUUUUCUUUACCUAAAAAGUUUUUAACUUGAUUUUUUUCUUCAUUUUUAUUUGCCGGCCCUAUUUAACAUAUAUCUUGUUAAAAAGAGAAAACCAUGAUUUCCUUGCAUUUAUUUUGCAGAUGUUUUACUCCCGAGAAGAAAAUAAUUUAUUCUAAAUAUUUUAAUUUAAUUUUUACUCUGAGUUGAUAACUUAUAACUAUAUAAAUUUAUGGAGUAAAAAGUGGUGUUGUGAUUUAUGAAUACAAUGUGGAAUAAUUGAGUGAAGCUAGCUGCUAACAGCACAUGAUUUAUGAGAUGACCAAUGUUGGCUUGUCAUUUAAUACAGCCCAUCUCCUUAUGCAGUAUGAAACAAAACUCCAGCUACUUUUAGUUUGAGGUUAUACACACCUGGAAAGAAACUACUUCAGUCAGGUUUUUUAAAUGCAAUUUGAAAAAUCAUAAAGAAAAAUGUUACAUUUAUCCAUUUUACUUUCCUCCUUUUAGCAUUUAUGAGUUACGGAUGUUAAGAUGUACUAAUGCUAAAAUUAGAUAUAGAAGGAAAUGAUCUUUCUUUUCAUGUACUAUAAGGUUGUGGCAGUCCUUAACUUAAUAAAAUCAUUAGGGAACAUUUACUCCUGUGGUUCAAGAAGGAUCUAGCAGAUUAAGUUGCAAGCUACACUGAGAAGAUAGUCUGAUAUAUGCAUUUUUAAGAUCAGACUUUCUUGGCACACAAUUGUAUGCCUAUGUCACACAUUUAUCUAUUCUACCUCUUAAGUUCUGAGCCCAUUCCUCAACAUUAGAAAUUAUUAUUAGGUUAUCUUUUCUAGGAAAUGAGCACAGCCACAGAAUCAUGUUAAGGUUGCACUUUCAUUACAGAUAUCUUUAAGGCACAUGAGUGUGAGAGCAGUCUAGUUGCCGACAGACAGCAAAAAAAGCCCAGAGGAAGUCUCUAUAAGCAGAGCUGGUGGGUUACUGGCUGCCACAUGCCUCUCGUGAAGAGGAGAGUUGAAAUUAGGUUUCCGUGACACAGCCCUGUAAAUCAUCUGGCAUAUCCGUUGUUCAUAAGCACUUCUCCAUAUUCAUCCAGAAUAAUUUUAUUUUCAGGAAAUUUGGAAGGGUCAGGUUGGAGAUAAACUCUAAAAAUUGUUUUCAUUGCCAAAAAUGGUUAUCCAGAUGAAGAGAUUUAUGAUCAAGAACUAAUUUAGAGCUUGAAGAGGGUGCUGUCACCUGUGAAUUUGAUGCUGUAGUUUUUAGAACAAUAAUUCCUCCACAAGGUUAGUGCAUGCCUGGGGGAUGCCCAGGCAUAGUUACACUUAUAUUUUUGAAAUAUCUACUUCUUUUUCAUUUUAAUAUAACUAUAUUUCAGUUAUUCCUUAGUUGAAUCUUAAUCAUUUUCCAAUUUGCUUAUAAGCCUCUAGGCAGAAAAAAACUAGAAAGAAAUUGAACAUUAAUGACAAACAGCAAAACUGCUCUAUUUUUGUUUUUUUAAUGGAGAGUCAAGUUAAACUUUGGCCGUGUAUAUAUUUAUUUUCAGGUUGCUUGUGCAUUCUUGUUUAUAAUACUGAGUAUUGGUGGAUAUUUUAAAUAACAGCAUCCAUUUAGAAAUAAAUGAAAAAUAAAAUAUCCAUAAAGAAAUAAAGGAUUUUACUAAAUUAUUUUAUGGCUAGUUCCAUGUUUUAAGCUAUAGGUUACUCAUUAUUACGGUAGUUUAGAUUUGGGAUUUUUCAAUUUUAUCUGAGCAUGACUACAUUUUAAAGCUCUUGAACAUGCUUGAAAUAAAGAGCCUUGAUUUUUUUCAUUGGUGUCUUAUUAACUAGAUUUUAAAUGUUGACAAAAUUUACAUGUGAAAAUACAGUUGAUAAAAAUAUGGAAGAUACUUUCCUAUAUAUUUCUUGUAUAUACCAUCAAAAUAAGCAUUUAGUUUUCAAAGCCAGUGGUAUUUUCAGCAGCUUUAUCUAAAUUUAUGGAUCAGAAACAAAAGUAUGAAAAUUUUACUAUUUGUAAAAAUAAAAAUUAAAGGGUAGAAAUAUAUUUACAUUCUUUUUUUUUUUUUUGACAAGAAAUCAAAAGAGCUUAUUCUCAAAGGAGAUCUCCUCUAAUUCUUGUUCUGUUUUCAGGUAUUAGCUUUGCCAUGUUGGCAAAGAUGUUUAAUCCUCUUCUUUUUUCAGGUGAGCUAUGUCUUAUUUUAUUGGUUUAAGGGGGACUUUUGCUGAAUGCAAAAAACAAACCUCUAACAUAGAUCAAAAAGUAGAUAUAAAGAAUGCAAAGGAUAAGGGAAACAGAGGAAUUUAGGAUCAUUGGAAAAAUGUUUAAUUCACAAAGACCCAUCCUCUAACUAUAUGAGCAGGAUGUAAAGGCACUGAGAAGGAGAAAUGUGACUGACCUAACUUUAUUUAUUUUGAUUUAUAAUGACAGAGUAAUAGUUUAUGUGUCCUUGAAUUAGACAAAAUUAUAACCACUUGAUGUUAAUGCAUAGAAUGUUAACUUGCUUUAGAAAUUUAAGAAACUUCUUAGAUAAUCUGAGAUUUUAGUAAGGAAAGAGAAAAAUUUCCCAAGUAAAGCUAAUUAAAUAUAAAGUUUCAAUGUCAUUAAGAAUUACAUAACUCAUUGAAUGUAUUUCAUUUUAAGUUAAAGUGAGAUUUCAUUAAGUUUUAAGACCUAGUAAACUCUAUAUUAAGCACACUAUUGGUAAAUAUGAAGCACUUAUCAGUGAUUUCCACAUUUAGUGUGCCCACAUACUUGGAUAUGGACAUGUACAAUAAUCAUAAAUGGGUUGUAUUUUUUCUUAAGAACAAGGAUGAAGUGGAGAGCUGCAUUCUUGCUGAUAAUUCAACAUCAAAAAGAAUACCACAUAGGACUCACACAUAACUGUUUAUAUGAAAUUGUGUUUCAGUUCAGUAUAUCAUGACUAAAUAAUUCUAAUGACUGGUCUGAGUAAAGUUGAAACUAACAACCAAUAUUUGAAUAAACAAAAUAAAUAAAGAAUGUAUCCACAAAAUUACUAAGUACCUAUAUCAGUGCUCUGCCCACUACUGAAAAAUUACUGUAGCAAGAAACCACAUUCAUGAUUCCUUCAUCAAUCUUAUCACUAGAGCUGAAGUGGUGUUAAUAGCCACCUAAUGAUUUAGCAUUAGUCCACUUGAAGCACUGUGAAAAUAAUUCCUGACCAAGCUAUUGUUCUUUAUAACGUCAAAUUUAUCCAGAUCCUCACUGUUAUAUUAUACGAAGGCCAGGCAUAGUGAUAUUAUACUUCUGUUGACCAUCUUUUCUUCUUUAAGGCUAGGGAGUAGCAUUGAUAGGCCACUAUAAGGUCACAAAAACAAUGAAUAAAUGUUUAUUAAAUACAUUCCAGUUGGAAUUCCAAACACGAUUGACACUUGCUCUGGUAAAUGUAAGGUUGGUUCUGCCUAUCUAUAUUUGCAGUUUAGAAAUGAGGUAGCCCAACUCAAACAUUUAUGCAAUAUUUUCUAUGCACAAAGUGCUCCAGACAGAAUAGAAAAUGUACAUGAAUUGUCAAGGAAUAGAUACAGAGAGAAAAGGAUUAGUUGUACAAUUUAAGGAAAGAGUAACUCUGGGAAGGUGUCCAAAAGAAUGUGUUUAAAAUAUGACUUUCGGGAUUCAGUGUGUCUGUAGGUGAGAGAAAUAGAGAUCAAAAUAUCUGGUUGAAAAAGCAACUUGAAUAAAGAUACAGAAAUAUGAACAAACAUAGAAAUUUCAUUGUAUUUGGAAGUAAUGAUUUCCAUUGAUAUACUCCAAACUGAAGAUAGAAAGACCUUGUCUCACAGUUAAGUGGUGAGAAAGCAGAUGUCAGGUGGCCCAACAAUAUCAUAAAUUCAGGAAGAGUGACUACUUUAGUACAAAAAGCAGUUAUUAAACUUUCAGAAGUUUCAUCUUAUCGGUGUGCAAUAUUUGCUGUAAGAAAAUUAAAGUAUCAUCUAUGAUAUAGGAAGUGAGUAGGGAUGGAAACGGAUAUGCUGGUGGUAGAAGUUUUCAGUAGAGUGGGGAGAUAAGAUAGAAUAAGAGAGAAAAUUAGAAGGUACUAGAAUUGUGAUUAGCAAACAGCAUCCGUAGAAACAAGGUAUGCACGUGGGGCCGAGGAGGUCCUGUAUUGAAUAAUACUUGUCCGCGUGUGGCUAGACACUCAAACAUUAGAAAUUAUGGGUGUGUUAUAGUCUUGCUUGCUGUUGUAUCUAAAUCAAAUGCUCACUUUUUAGUAAUAACUUAUGUACUAGGGAUGAAAAAAGAACAAUACCUCAAAGUACACAUCAAAUGUGGUUUGUCUGGUUUAUUACUAUUUUCACAAAAUUUGGUCAUAAAUCCGCUGCUUAUGGAAAGGGUUUCUCUUCAAAUAGCCUCUUUUAUCUUCUUAACCUAGAAUAUAUAUAUGGGAGACAGGAGGGUGGAGAAAGAGAACUGAGUAAAGAAAGAGGCUAUUGUGGGACCAGCAGAAAACAGGAAGUUGAUAAAAUUUGCAACUUACGAUUUCUGAAUUGUUUGUCUUAAUAAAUAAAUUUUUAUUGCUGAACAAUGAAAUGUCCUUGGACCUUUGGAGUCUGUAAAUUGUGAUGGCUGUGGUAAUGGAAAAUCCAUUAAGCAGCAGUGGAUUAUGAUCACAGUGUUUGGACCUGAUUUAUUUUAACUGGAAAAACUUUGGGUCUGAAUAAAUCAGUGUAAUAUAAAUUAUUUGCAUCAAUUAACUGUAUGCAGUCAAUUUAUUUAGUAAAGGUUUAGGCUUGUAAUGAAAAUGCUUUUGUUCAGUUUUUGCUGUAUCUUUUCGAGAAACACUUGUGUGGGACAAAGAUAUUUUAAUUUUCCAGUGUACUCUGUGCAUUCAUGAUCCUACGUACAAAAUAAACUCUGUAACUUGUGGUGAAAUAAAGUUUCAUGUU